CCCCCACGCCGGAAGGCGGAAGUAGCCGAAGCCGGAAGUGACUGCGGGCAGGGAGAGGGGUGGCCCGGCGGCGGAGAACGCUAUGGGGCGCGGCGGCGGCACCUUCGAGCGGCUUCUCGAUAAGGCCACGAGCCAACUCCUGCUGGAGACGGACUGGGAAUCCAUCCUGCAGAUCUGCGACAUGAUCCGCCAGGGAGACACCCAAGCAAAAUAUGCAGUCAACGCUAUCAAGAAGAAGGUCAACGACAAGAAUCCCCACGUGGCACUCUACGCACUGGAGGUCAUGGAGUCAGUGGUUAAAAACUGUGGCCAAACAGUUCAUGAUGAGGUAGCCAACAAACAAACUAUGGAGGAACUGAAGGAAAUACUCAAGAGGCAAGUGGAAACAAGUGUCCGCAGUAAGAUUCUGAACCUUAUCCAGGCCUGGGCUCAUGCCUUCCGCAAUGAGCCCAAGUACAAGGUGGUGCAGGACACCUAUCAGAUAAUGAAGGUUGAAGGUCACGUGUUUCCAGAGUUCAAGGAAAGCGAUGCCAUGUUUGCUGCAGAAAGGGCUCCAGACUGGGUGGAUGCUGAGGAGUGUCACAGGUGUCGAGUGCAGUUUGGUGUGGUGACACGGAAGCAUCACUGCAGGGCCUGCGGGCAGAUCUUCUGUGGCAAGUGUUCCUCCAAGUAUUCCACCAUCCCCAAGUUUGGGAUUGAGAAGGAAGUGAGAGUCUGUGAGCCCUGUUACGAGCAUCUCAACAAGAAAGCUGAGGGUAAAGCUGCUGCUGCCUCUGAACUGCCCCCUGAAUACCUGACCAGUCCUCUCUCUCAGCAGUCCCAGCUGCCCCCAAAGCGUGAUGAGACAGCUCUGCAAGAAGAAGAAGAGCUCCAGCUAGCCAUUGCCUUGUCUCAGUCAGAGGCCGAGGAGAAGGAGAGGAUGAGGCAGAAGACAAGCUACUCCAUGUACCCGAAGGCUGAGCCCACACCCGUCACAUCGUCAGCUCCACCAGUGGGCACACUUUAUUCCCCACCUGUGAAUUCCUCUGCUCCUCUGGCUGAGGACAUUGACCCUGAGCUGGCUCGGUACCUGAACCGCAACUACUGGGAGAAGAAACAAGAGGAAGUUCGCAAGAGCCCUACCCCAUCAGCACCUCUGUCUCUCACAGAACCAGUUGCUCAGCCUGGGGAAGCCCACCCUGCCCCACUCAGUGUUGUUGAGCAGCAGUACCAGAAUGGUGAGUCAGAGGAGAACCACGAGCAGUUUCUGAAGGCUCUGCAAAAUGCGGUCACCACGUUUGUCAACCGCAUGAAGAGUAACCACAUGCGAGGCCGCAGCAUCACCAACGACUCUGCCGUAUUAUCCCUCUUCCAGUCCAUUAACAACAUGCACCCCCAGCUGCUGGAGCUGCUCAACCAGCUGGAUGAGCGCAGAAUGUACUAUGAAAGCCUGCAGGACAAACUGGCCCAGAUCCGAGAUGCACGUGGGGCUCUGAAUGCACUGCGGGAGGAGCAUCGGGAGAAGGUGCGGCGUGCAGCAGAGGAGGCAGAGCGCCAGCGUCAGAUCCAGCUGGCCCAGAAGCUGGAGAUAAUGAGACAGAAAAAGCAGGAGUACCUGGAGAUGCAGCGUCAGUUGGCCAUCCAGCGACUGCAGGAGCAGGAGAAGGAGAGGCAGAUGCGCCUGGAACAGCAGAAGCAGACCAUCCAGAUGAGAGCCCAGAUGCCAGCUUUCUCGCUGCCUUAUGCCCAGCUCCAGGCCAUGCCAGCAGCCAGUGGGGUGAUCUACCAGCCCUCUGGGCCCACUAGCUUCCCCGGCACCUUCAGCCCUGCUGGCUCUGUGGAGGGCUCUCCUAUGCACAGUGUGUACAUGAACCAGGCAGCACAGGGAGGCACAGGACCAUAUACAGCAAUGCCUGUCACUGGGACAGAUCCCAACGUGGUGAAUGCCUACAUGUACCAACCAGGGGCAGGCAGCGGGCAGGCAGCUCAGCAGGGGCAGGCAGUGCCCACUACAACCCCAGCGUACUCGUCCUAUCAGCCAGCUGCAACACAGGGCUACCAGAAUGCAGCGUCACAGUCACAGAGCAUCCCUGCCAUCUCGCAGGCCCCUCAGUCAGGAGCUGUGGGCUACAUGGGAAGCCAGUCAGUCUCCAUGGGGUACCAGCCCUACAGCAUGCAGGGCCUCAUGUCGGCACUGCCAGGCCAAGAAGCAGCAUUGAGCAGCCUGCCCACGCAGCAGUCCUACAUGUCCGGGCAGCAGCCCCUGUACCAGCAGAUGGCCCCGGCUGGAGGGCCCCCCCAGCAGCAGCAGCCCCAGCCCACGCCAGCCCCCGUGCAGCAGACGCAGGGCAGUGGAGAAGCCCAGCUCAUCUCGUUUGACUGAACGCUGCACAGGGGAGUGCUGAGAAUUCAACGUAACACUACUCUUCAUCCAGAAUCACUUCUGUUCAUCACCUCCUCCUGUCUGCUCCUCAGCUCCUCCCUGCGUGUGUCCCUGACCGAGGGGCCAAGGGACCACCGGGUUCCAGCACUGGUGCUGGGCCCCCGCUCGCAGGAGCGCAGCCCCUUCACCUCGGCUCCCCGUGCCUGCUUCCUCCCCUCUCCCAGCUGCCUCCCCUUUGCGCGGCCCCGAGGGCUGCAGCUCGGCUUGCAGGGCCCGGCCGGGAGCAGGAGGGAACCACGAGCACGUCCGUGCCCGCCCGUGUCUGCUCCUCUCCCCUCACCCCUCCUUCCUUGCCCCCGCUUCCCGCGCUCGGUUCGCGCCGGAGGAGCCCGAGCCACCACGGUGUCAAUAAAGUGUGCGGAAUGAG